AUGAGUACUGAACUAUACCCUUUUGAUCGUUUUGGUGAUGGUCAUAACUAUGACUUUGGUAAAGAACAUAUAAAUGAGAGAAAUUGGCUAAUUACCGAGAUUAUCAAACCAGAACUUCCUAAUAUCAUAGAUAAUGUCGAAAAAUGCCUUAAUAUGUUGAAUAGUGAUCAGAUAUUUAAAUUGCCCAUAAGUAACGGUUCAGCAAGCAGUAGCGAUAAUUCUCCAACUAUAAAAGGUGUUGUUACAAGGCAGGGCCCGUUUAUUCUAGAUUUUCAAGCAAUGCUUAGAUUUCCUGACUUUCGUAAGGGUAAACAAGUCCUAUAUAGGAUGAAUACUGGCAGAAAGUUUCCAUUAGUUCAGUUGGGUACAAUCAAUAGUAACUUAUCUAAAAUAUUAAAGAGUCUAGAGGACCUUGAAGUAUUGGAUGACAUAGAGAAAUUUAUUUCCGAUUUGGGUGGAGUAUUAAGGCUGAUCACAAAUUCUAUUAAUACGUUACAGAAUCCUCCGAGGGAACUUAUUUUUCCUUACAAUGAUAAUUUUACCAUGAAACACAUGUUCCAAAACUGUGAGACACUUUGCGAUUCUACUCACCAUGAAGUGAGCCUAGAACUGGUGCUAUUCAAGAAUGAGUUAAGCAUUGAUUUUAGGAACUUAACCAAAAUUACAAAGAAACCAUGGUGCUAUAUAGAUCCAGAAACUGGAAAGUCUCUAGUAGAUAAAAUUAAAGAACAACUGGGAUCCAACAGAACAAAAAGUCUAUCAGAUAUAUUGAAAGCAAAUGGUAUACAAAUUGAAGAACCAAGUCUACUGAAUAGUCUCGUAAUGACUACUUUCAAUACAGAGGCAACUACGAUACCGCAGGCACAAACUUUUAUUAGCAGAUGUGUCACUUUCAACAACAAAGUUGUAAUGGAAACCGAAAAAAUUGCUAUUACUACUAGUGAUCCAACGCUGAUAAGUAUCAGUUCGAAACUAAAUGCCUUAGAACAUUCCAUAAGCAAUCAUUAUUCUAACUUAGUAAUCUAA